UAGUAGUAGUAGUAGCAGUAGUAGUGGUAGUAGUAGUAGUAGUAGUAGUAGUAGUAGUAGUAGUAGUAGUGGUAGUAGUAGUAGUAGUAGUGGCAGCAGUAGUACCUUCUGUUAUCGGUCCCAGCAUGUCCUCGACACACCCGCAGAUGUGAGGAUGCGAUUCCAAGGCGAGACCGAGGUGGUCGAGAAUAGCCUGUACGAGACCGUGGAGAACAUUCGCGGGACCGAGGUGGUCGAGAACAGCCUGUACGAGACCUUGGACAACACCCGCAGGACCGAGGUGGUCGAGAACAGCCUGUACGAGCCCUUGGACAACACCCGCAGGACCGAGGUGGUCGAGAACAGCCUGUACGAGACCUUGGACAACACCCGCAGGACCGAGGUGGUCGAGAACAGCCUGUACGAGCCCUUGGACAACACCCGCAGGACCGAGGUGGUCGAGAACAGCCUGUACGAGCCCUUUGAAAACGUGAGGAAGCCGCGGUGAGGAAGAAGGAAAUAGAAGAGGAGGAGGAAGAUGAGGAGCAAGCGUGAAAACAUGGGAGGGCAGGCAACAAAAAGCCUGCUGGUUCAUCACGAGGCUGCCUGC